UUUGGCUGCUCUUGCAGUCAGUUUGCUUUUCCUUCCCAUACUGCUACAGCACGGAGUUCAUUCACUCAUAUUUCUCUCAGGGGAACCAGUGUUUGCUGGUGCAGAACUUCCAAAUGAAAGGGACUUGUUACCUUUUGGCUUUUUGCAUUUUGCUGUGGAUGCAAAUGGUAUUUUCUCAGUUUUCCCCAGAUGAAAUUACUACUCUUCCUGGCUUAACUACUAAACCAAAGUUCCAGCAAUGGUCUGGGUAUCUGAACACAACUAAAGGGAAAUACUUACAUUAUUGGUUCACAGCAUCGCAGAGAGACCCUGCAAAAGACCCAUUGGUCCUGUGGCUUAACGGUGGACCUGGCUGCAGUUCUUUGUAUGGACUCCUGGCUGAGAAUGGACCCUUCUAUGUGAAUGAUGAUGGUGCAACUCUGUCUGAGAAUCCCUUCAGCUGGAACACUGUGGCCAACGUGUUAUACUUGGAGUCCCCAGUGGGGGUUGGCUACUCCUACUCUGAUGACAAGAAAUAUCAGACAAAUGAUGAGGAGGUGGCAGAGAACAACUAUCUUGCUCUACAGAGUUUCUUUAAAAAGUUCCCGGAUUUUACCCAGAAUGAGUUCUACAUUAUUGGUGAGAGCUAUGGAGGAAUAUAUGUUCCCACACUUGGCCUGAAGAUCAUGAAAGGAACAGCCAAUAUAAACUUCAAGGGGUUUGCUGUAGGAAAUGGGGUGAGUGAUGAUGCCCUUAAUGACCAUGCAGUCAUCUACUUUGGGUAUUACCAUGGCCUAUUUGGAGAGACACUCUGGGCUGAUUUGAACCGUUACUGUUGCAAAGACGGAAAAUGUAACUUUCACAACAGCACUGACACAAACUGCGAAGAAAAUAUUCACCGUGCUUUUCAGGUCACAUAUGACAUUGGACUAAACAUGUAUUCCUUAUACAAGGACUGUCCUGGUUGGGUAGGAGCACGAUAUCAACGUUUCCACACAAGCUUAAAUCUUCUUUUCCGUUUUUAUCAGUUUACCCCUCCCAACAAAGUGGGCAGCACUGGACAUAAAGGACCUGAAGAUGACUGCAUCAAUGAAACUGCUGAAACCAUGUGGCUAAAUCAACAGGAAGUGAGGAAAGCACUUCAUAUUUCUGAUGCCAUCCAGUCCUGGAAAUUCUGCAGUGAAGAAGUAACAGAAGGCUAUUGUUUUUACUACACCACCAUGUCUGAUUUCUACAUAAAACUGUUAUCCAGUGGUCUACGAGUGUUGGUUUACAAUGGAGACACAGAUCUUGUCUGCAACUAUCUAAGUGGCCAGUGGUUUGUUGAAUCACUUAAUCAGAAGCCAACCAGCAGCUACAAACCAUGGCUUUACAAUAAUCAGAUUGCUGGGUUUUAUCAACAGUAUGGCAACAUGACUUUCCUGACUGUGAAGGGUGCAGGACACAUGGUUCCACACUCAACACCAGGAGCAGCCUUGAAGAUGUUCAUUUCCUUUUUAACAAAUUCUCCUUACUGAAUGCAAAGAUGCGUUUGUGUUUAUGUGUUUACACAGAAAUUCAGCAUUUUGUUA